UAAAAGGAAACUGAUCGGAAGUCGGACACCGAGUUCGAGCGGGAUUCGUGCUUGGGCUCGAUCCGUCAGAGGCUUCCUUACAUGUACCUUCCACCAUCCUCGCAUGGUUUCAGCCAGUUCCGAUCGAUUGCUAGAUUGAAGACUGCCCAUCAGUGCCAGAGAUCCAGCCAGAAUCUAUCGAUCUCCACCAGUUCGAGCUCCAGCUAUGGCCGGCGAAGACAACGAACGCGGCAGUUCUACUUCUACGGUGGCGUUCCCGCUGCCCCACGCUGACCUCGACUUUGUCCCAAUCGAUCCUCCGUCCCGAGAGACAUCGUCCCGUGAAGAGGCAGAGGAACAAGCGUUGUUACUAUACGCCCUCCGCCAUGCCGCCGGCGUGGACAUGGAGAUGGAGCCUGGUGAUGACGACGACGAACGGUUCGCCCUGCCGAUCCCGCACCUCUCGCUCGCCGGUGGCAACCCCUUCCCUUCCCGCACCGCCCGCGUCGCUUCCCCUGCCGUGGCGGUCAAGAAGCUAAAGCUCGAGACGAGGACCUAUGGUGGACCAGAAUUGGAAGGCAGGAGCGCGGAUGACUCCACGGGGUGCGUCAUCUGCAUCCAGGACUACGAGGUGGGAGACGAGAUCAGCGUGGUGCCGUGCUCCGGCAGGCAUCAGUUCCACCGGAGAUGUAUCGACGUGUGGUUCACGCGGAAGCGCCUCUGCCCGCUCUGCCGCCAUGCGCUGAGCGCCGAGCUCCAACGCGGCCUGAAUUGAGGCACGUCAAAACGUCAAUCGGCUGAGAUCCAUUAUCCAUGGCUUGCGUACGGCUGACUAAUUACGAACCAGGUCACGCAUGGACGACCAGUGCAAGGCCUGGUCCGACCGUGCAGAGUUGACCCUCGGCACUACGCCACUUCUCGGAACGAGCCCUGCCAG